UCUGCUCCCCUUUGCAUUCUACCUCAUUCUUUCUCUCCUAUAACAUGGCCUCUGACAUAGUCCUUCUUGCUGCUGUCUCUGUGUUAUCUGCCUGCCAGCAAGCAUAUUUUGCCAACCUGGUAGGAAAAUCCAGAAUAAAGCACAAGGUGAUACCUCCAGCUGUCAGUGGACACCCAGAGUUUGAGAGAACCUUCCGAGCACAACAAAACUGUAUUGAAUUCUAUGCAAUGUUUUUGGUCGAUCUUUGGGCUGCAGGCUGGUUCUUUAAUCAAGAAUUAGCCUCGCUGUUUGGUUUACUAUACAUCUAUGGACGGCACCUCUACUUUUAUGGAUAUGUUCAAUCUGUUAAGGGCAGGCUAAAGGGAUUCUCUGUAAGCAAGAUGGCACUGAUUCUGCUCCUGAUCAUGUCCGUGACGGGAAUCACUAACAGUCUCCUGGACAAAUAUAUCCACCUCAACCUGCUGACUAAAAUACGUCACAUAGUUCUAGGAUAAGGGGGAGGCUAACAUGAUGGCUUUAUAAUCAUUUUUGGAAUUUUAGACAAUUUUAGAAUAUGUUAUGCAUGUGCUGACUUUUCUACUGAGACUUCUGGUAUGGCAUUUGGCAAUUUUGGUGUCCUUUGCCUUCUGUAAUUUUGCCCCCUAUUUUGUAUGCAGGGUUCUCUGUGGCAAGGCUUGAUAAACAGGUAGGUUAUGACUGAUCCUGGAGUCACAGUGCCCAUCACCCUUAUGUACAAUGGCACUUGGAUAUAGACAGAACAAGAGGGAAAUAUGGAAAAUAAAGACUUUAUAACAAAAGAGAAAAAAGGAGGACCUUGUGAAAUUGUAGUCUACCUCAUGGUGAUGGCAUUUACUCAUAAUUGGUAUAUACGUCACAAAACUAAAAAUCUAAUAUGCGCUGGUGGUUAUACCACACGUUAGGGAAAUAUGUGACUCAAAGCAUGAAAUGAGCCAAUGUUAUUAAUAGUUUCACAUUAAAAUGCAUUUAAUUAGGCAUCCAUGGGUAUAGACCAGGCAUCCUCAAACUGCGGCCCUCCAGCUGUUGUAAAACUACAACUCCCACCAUGCCCUGCUGUAGGCUGAUACCUGUAGGGUGUUCGGGCAUGCUGGGAGUUGUAGUUUUUCAACAGCUGGAGGGCCGCAGUUUGAGGAUGCCUGGUAUAGACUAAGACAGGGAUGCUCAACCUGCGGCCCUCCAGCUGUUGUAAAAUUUCAACUUCCACCAUGUCCUACUGUAGGCUGAAAGCUGUAAGCUGUUCGGGCAUGCUGGGAGUUGUAGUUUUGCAACAGCUGGAUGGCCACAGGUUGAGCAUGCCUGGACUAAGAAGUAUGAAAAUGUCAUAGAGCAGAGGUAAAACUACCUGAAGGAUCCUUGGAAAUCUGGAGGCAAAUAAAAUUAGCUCAAGUAAUUGUAGCUGUAAAUACACUACUGUCAGUCGAUUGUGUUCCUCUUCCCAUCAUGGGAGUUAUUGUAUUAGCCUGUGUUCACGUCAUGUUUUUGUACCACACCUAUGGGAUCACCGCUACUCUACAAUCCUGGCCGCAAUCAGUGUCGCUGUGUAGCCCCAGCCUAAGAAAAGCACCUGGCCAGGGAAAACUGACACAUUUUCUGUGGACAAUGAAUAAAAAUCAUUAAUGGAAACCUAUGAUAGAUGUAUUUAAAGUGACCCUUUGGUUCAAGAAAAGAAAUCACAUAAAUUGGGAAACAAAUGCAACACUUACCUUGUGACCUUGUUUUCACCUUUUUAGUUGCAAAUCCACUAAUUCUUGGGCUCCUCUUCUGCCAUCAAAGAUGGCCGCACAGAUUCUCAGACUGUCUGAUACACACUGUGCAUCAGUAGCCCAAGACACUCCCUACUGUUCUAGCUUUGCUCUUGGAUUGGCCAGCAAUGUUCACAUGACCAGUGCUGGGUCAUCCAAGAACAGCAGAAAUGUUUUGUGCUACCAAAUGCACAGUAUGCAUCAGGCAGCCUGGAUGGCGGAAGAGGAGCUGGGGAAGUCAAGGAUCUGCAGCUAAAAAGGAGGGCAUUUGCCAAGUGUUCUGUUUGUUCCUCAUUUAAGGUGGAUAUUUUUUUUCUUAAAUUGGAGGGUCACAUAUAAUGCCCUCACUGAGUUGUACUAAGGCCUCUUGCACACGAACGUGUGCGCCCCCUGGUCGUGCUGCGGCCCGCAAUGCACGAACACCGUCCG